AUGCCCUAUCGUUCCGCAGUCCUCGAGUUCACCAGCCCACAAAGGCUCAUGAACUGGUUGAGAGACUUGCCACCGGGAGUUAGAGGAAACGUGAGGAAGGUUUCUUUCUACAAAAGCAGUGUUGCUGGCCUGAUAUCACGAGAAACAGCUAGUGAUAGUAACGUUGGAGCCCAGCAACACGACUGGCUCAUUGAGGCCUGUAGCUCGCUUCAAGGUCUAGAACGCGUUCACCUCGGUACUUAUACGAGGACGUUCGAUACAGAACUGACUGCGGGUGUCGAGUUCCUCCAAGAACAACUCGUCAAGUCGGACGGAAGGAAGGUGGAAGUAGUCCUGCGAACCCGCGUGCUAUCUUAG